CAGCUUAAUUUAUGCAACUUGGUUUUAAGACGCUAACGGCUGGUGUUUACCAUUCAUUUUAACCAGUUUCUGGAAAGAUGGCCGAUCAAAGUUCUCCGGGGCCAUUUGUGAAGAGUUUUCAAGGAAAGUCAGAGAUUACUUCCGCUGAUUUCCUGAAGAUUUUCAAGAAAUUUGAUACAGACGAAAAUGGUUUCAUCGAUGCUGGUGAACUGGAUGACUUCCUCGUUGCUCUGGCGAAGGAAAACAAAGGGGGCAAUCCAGACGCGAAUGAAAUUGCACAGAUGAAGAAGACAAUUCUUGAGAAAUACGAUGAUAAUUUUGAUGGCAAACUUGAUCUGGAAGAACUAGCUAAUAUCCUGCCCACCGAGGAAAAUUUCUUGGCCAAGUUCCAACACGCGAACACCUUAACUACUGUUGACUUUUUCAAGGUGUGGAACCAUUAUGACCAGGAUCACUCAGGAUUCAUCGAGAGUGACGAGUUGGAGGGAUUCUUAACAGAUCUACUUGGCAGAGAUGGACAAUCACUGAAUCCUCAAAGAAUCACUGAUUAUCAAAAGGCCAUGUUGGAUUUGUUUGACAAAAAUAAAGACGGAAAGCUGUCGUUACCGGAAAUGUCAAAGAUACUUCCUGUUGAAGUCAACUUUCUGCUGAAGUUUGGCCGGGAUGACAUGACUGAAGCAAAGUUUAACGAGAUAUGGUCCAAGUAUGAUCAGGAUGGCAACGGCUUCAUCGCUGACGAGGAGUUGGAGGCUCUCCUUUAUGACAUUCUCGAUAAGGACCAGAAGGACAUGGAGGACCCACGUUGUCUCAAAGGUUACAAGAACAGCAUAAUGGACAGUUUUGACCAGAACAAAGAUGGAAAACUCGGAAAGGACGAGCUAAAAAUGAUGUUAUUGGCAUGAGCAGUUAGUGAUCUAUGAAAAAAUUUCAAUUCCAAUUCAAGUCGAGUAAAUGUGAUAGGUAGUAUUUUUUCUUCUCAGCCAGCAAUAUUUAUGGCUCAGUUCUGAAAUUGUUUUUGUCUUUUUUAGCAUGACGAAUUUGCUUCCUCCUAACCUGAAUUAGUUAUGAAUUUGUUCUUAUUACAAAAGGUCAUUCCCAGGAGAGUGACAAGAGACUGUUUACUCAGUGUUCCUGGUAAGAAAACUACGCGCCGAUCAAUUCGAAGCUUCAACAUCCCCCUGGGCAACCCAUAGGCAUUUUGA